GCGGCAAAUCGAAACUUUCACAAGCAUUGAUGGAGACAUACGUUGACACAUCGUACAGCCAACGCAUCCUGAGAAAACACCAAGGCUGUUGAGUGUAUAGUUCUGUUCUAUGAACGAUGAAUUGGGCUCAAUGUCAAAACCGUCGUGGCUUUGGUUGGGUGCUUGGUGCAUGACGUCACUAUAGAGGAAGCGUUGGCCGCCGUUGACUUCCUGAACCGCAGCACAGCAACCACAGGGUCUCCGUCCCAGGCAGAAAUGCGCCUGUGACGUCCCCCAGCAUCCAGCAUCAGCAGCAUGUUGCACCUUCUCUUGACUGUCUGUUUUGGCCUGUCCUCCCUAACGCUGGCGCAGGAUUGUGGCAAACCUCCUGCGGGACCCAACAUGAGUUUGAAGGACAGCUUCAUCCUGAAGGACUCCUUCCCGGACGGGAGCACUGCCUCGUUUCAGUGCAACUUUGGAUACGAGAGCAGCGGUGGAUCCAGAAGCGUCACCUGCACCGCCGGCAGUUGGAGUGAUCUGACAUACAAGUGUGAUCGAAAACCCUGCGGCUCGGCCGGGGCGAUCUCGAAUGGUGAUAUUGACUAUUCCAGGGGAAAUCAAUUUGGCGAUAAAGCUGCCAUCAUCUGCCAUGCAGGCUACCGUCUCUUCGGAACAGUCAAAGAGUUGACUUGCGAAGGCGACGGGCAGUGGUCGCCGCAUCUGCCCACAUGUGAAGCGGUGCAUUGUGAACCACCCCCUCGUCUUGUGAACGGCUCCUUCACGCCAGACAGGGAAGACUAUCGCUACGGCGACACCAUCCAAUACAGCUGUCUGAAGGACCACUCCCUGCAUGGAUCCUCUUUCGCCGUGUGUUCCGAGGAUAAAAUCUUCAAACCUGCUCCUCCUCUUUGCCCCUUGGUCUCCUGUCGCGACCUGGUAGUGGCAAACGGCGAGGUAAGGGGGUCAAGACCUCCGCACAGACACAUGGCCAGUGUGACCGUCUCAUGCAAUCCAGGUUUCAAGUUGGUCGGAUCCAAGAACCUGAUGUGUGAGAUCAACAGCAAGUGGUCGUCGGCGGACCCGAUCUGUCAAGCAAAGGUCAUCCCGCCAAAGAAGAACGACACAGAUGGCAUUACUACGGCCCCUGCUCCGCCUGUGACACCCAGCGAGGCGCCCAGCAACGUGCCUCGGGCCUUGGGGAUCGCUUUUGCUGUCCUCACAGUUAUUGCGGUUGUGACUGUGUGCGGAUGCUAUUACGGCGGAGUCCCAGCAUUCAUCCGGAGAAAGAGGAACACCGGCUCUCGGAAAACCUUCUCUGAAUCUGAGGCUGUAAAAGAAGAGGCUGUCGCCCUCGCGGUAAGAUCGCCCUCGCACCGUGACGGUGGUUCCACAUCAACACAUGCAAAAGCCUUUGGGCCAACACUGGGAUUCAAACCCAUGACCUGCCUCAGUGAUGGAGUCUGAAUUGCUGACUUGUCAGUUUGGCGCCUGUGGAGACGCUUGAUGUUUGUGUCUCGGUCUCCUC